AUGGCGGACAAAACAACAUUGUCCGGCGAGACAUCACACACUGGACUCAUAUCCGAGGAAUCGUCCGUUCGCAGUGCGGAUACCACAAAACAACUAGAUAGCUGGCGAUUUACUGUACGAGCAGGGAUCGCCGUCGCAGCUACCGUGAUCUUAGUCAAUCUAGGAGUGUUGAUAUGGGCCUUGACUCUGGGCGUUCAAGAUGGAUUUGCAACUGUCUUUGAAGGUUCUUGCACAGAGACGAAAAGUAUAACCUUUUGGGUCGACCUUAUGAUCAACAUACUCUCUACACUCUUGCUCGGAGCCUCCAACAACUGCGUACAACUUCUUGUCGCGCCCACGAGAAACGACAUAGGCGAUGCUCAUGCUGCUGGUCGGUACCUUGAUGUGGGCGUGUCUUCUUUACGAAACGUUAUGGCCGUGAGUCUCUGGCGAAAGUGGCUCUGUGCUGGUCUCUUCCUAAGCUCGAUACCGUUGCAUCUUCUCUACAACUCGGUCAUAUACUCAACGUUAUCGACAAGCAAUUAUGUGGCAGCAAUAGUCACCGAUGACUUCUUACAAGGUGCGACUUGGAAUAGCAGCAGACUUGACGGUUACACAGAGAACAUCAUUACGGCGACCAGACAAGUGGCGCGCUUGCAGAGCAACAUCGGCAAGUUGACGAGACUCGAGAACGAAGACUGCAUCCGGGCCUAUGGUACCAACUUUCUGCAGUCCAAGCGGAAGAACGUCUUAGUUGUAUCCGAUGCCAAUGUUACAGGGCCCCUGAUCAUAGGGUACUACCAUCAGGCCGAGUUUCUGGAUGAUGACUUGGGCUGGAUAUGUGGGAAGCAAACACAAGGAGCCAAUAAAAGAUGUGACACCAAGACGAUGCUUUCAUACCCCACAAACUGGACUAUUGUAGAUAUCGAAGUCAACCAAGAUGAGGCUUUGGUCCGACGUUCUAUGUCGUUCGGUCGCUGGGAUGGAUACGACCCCCAGGGACCUUACUUCGAAGCAUCUGUCAAGUAUUGUCUAGCUGAGACUGCUAAACAACACUGUACUAUCCAGAUAAGCACUCCAUUACUCGGCGUGGUGCUGCUCUGCAACCUGAUUAAGGUAAUGUGUCUGUCAAGAGCACUUCUCAUCCGAAACUUUCACCCCAUGGCCACACUUGGAGAUUUGAUCAGCUCAUGCUUAAGCCAACCCGAUCCCUACACUCACGGGAUGGGUCCUAUCACCGCCAAAGGUGUACGCAGAAGCAGGGCAGUGCGCCUGUUAGACCGCGAAACACUGGUAUCGAGGCUUCUCAAAGACUAUCGAGUGAUCUACUUCGAACGAUCCACGUCGUUGCUAUCCGACUACACCAACAGCGAUAUCCCGAUGGUCCGAGGCACGUCCAUUGUAACCGGUGUAGCCGAAAAGUCGGCUACAGCACCAGUGAAGUGGAAGAAGCAGAAAAAUCGAUGGUACCAGGCCCCAUCAAGGUCAAGCUGGGUUGCCUGUAUGGUGUUGUGCGCAAUCGCUCGGUUCACUGGAGUAUACCUUCUGACGAGCGCCAUCAACUAUCGCAAGAACAGUACAUCUCAAACUUAUACGCUCUCCCGCAUGUGGCAAGAUGGUGUUGGUGCAGUCUCGACAGACUUACUCAUCGGAGCAGGUGGUGAUUACCAAAGACCACUGAUUGAGAAUGUUCUUUUGGCCAAUACGCCUCAACUCGCCAUCUGGUUCGUCUACGUCUUUUACAACAAUUGCUUGACCAGGAUGAUGCUCGGACGAGAGUACUCAAGUUACGCCAAAUACCGCAAACCACUGCGAGUGAGUAGACCUGAAGGAGAACAGCGAAGCACGUACAGGUUGCAGUUGCCCUAUCGUUACAGCGUGCCACUCAUGGCUGCCAUGACUGUGUUGCACUGGCUGGUCGCUCGGAGCAUCUUUCUCGUUAAAAUCAGUGUUUUCGACUAUGAUGGGAACCCGCUCAACUUGAAAAUAUCUGCUUGUGGUUUCUCGGCCAUGGCUAUUGUGCUGUCGCUCUUCGUCUCUGCAGUCAUCAUUCUAGCGUUGUUGGCGAGUGCCGCGAGGAAGCUUGAGCCUGGUAUGCCGUUGGCUUCGAGCUGUAGUCUGGCUAUCACUGCUGCCUGCCAUACAUCUCCUGAUGACGAAGACGCGGCGUUGUUGCCAGUGAAGUACGGAGUAGUGAUUGCAGAAGAGCCGGAAAGUGAGAGCGAUCGUAAGCAUGCGUGCUUCAGCAGCAAGGAGGUCACUCCAUUGGUAGACGGGCACUGGUACAACUAG